AUGGUCAUCAAGCGCAAACGGUCCGACUCGCACCUGAGCUCCUUUAGCUCAGCCCUUGCAUCACCACCUCGGGCGAGCAGCUUCAACUUCGAUGCCAUCAGUGCGAUGGAUACGGCUAGGCGCGGCUUCUUUUCGCCCCGUCUCCCCACCUCUUCACACAUGCCUGGCCGCACCAGGAAGCGCUUCCGCGAUAAUAGGCCACCUGAGGCAAUCAUUCACCAACGUACCCUAAAUCUGCUAUUCUCUGCACAACAGCAGCAACAUACUCAUCAACAAGCGCCGUCGCCGCCCCAAGUUCAAGUCACUGAACCGACUCCAACCUUAGUUCCCUCAGAGGUGCACCCCGACCAACACCAACGCUCCCUCCACAGCUUCUGGAAGCUCCCCACACGAACUGUGGCUAGCCCGUCGUCGUCUCAGGCGUCUUUGACCUCUUCGCCAUCCCCAAUUGCGAUGCCCAACUCAUCCACAGCGGUGGUUUCAACAACAUGUGACGACUGUGGCGUGGGGCUGCUGGAAUCGGAUGCCUGUGGUGAUCAAGAUGGCAUCAUGAUGGAUAUAGAUGGAGGCGGCGAAAUGGGAGAAAACACGUGCGGAGCGUGUGGGAAGACGGUAUGCUUCAGCUGCUCGGUCAGCAAUCUUGGGGAGCACAGGCGAUGUUUGGCUUGCGCUGGGAGACGGGACUGGGGGGCAGCCAACGGGAGCGGGCGGACCCAGGGUGUUGACGUGUACUGA